CCACUCCUACCGUCAAAAUGGCAUUCGCGUGGAAAGCCGCUGGUCUCACCUACAACCGCUACCUGACCGUCGCCGCUCGCGCGGUCCGCCGGUCCCUCAAGGACGCUCCCCGUGCUGCUGCUGAGCGCCGUAACAACAUGGACUUGCGUUUCGCCAAGUGGGAGAACGGCAAGCAGGGUGAAGUCAAGUCCCUCGCCCAGGCCAACAACGAGGCC